AUGAACAGAGAUCAUCCAAUGCUAGUACAGAAUUCAAGAUAUCACACACAAGGUUGGCGAGCAAAUGGUGACAUUUCAAUAAUUCUAUCAAAGAGUUCUCCAGACAAUCCUUCAGUUGAAGAAAUAAUUGCAACUGAAAAAUAUGUCACAGGUUAUGCAUGUAAAGGUAAUGAACCAACCGGAGCUGUUGCAGAAUUAUUUCAGGACAUUAUUAAUUCUGCAGAUAACAAUGCAAAUUUGGAUACCAAGUCAGCAUGUACAAAACUUCUAAUGAAUACUGUCAAAAGGGACAUUUCAAGUAUGGAGGCAUCUUAUGAACUAUUAUCGCUACCACUGUACCGAUGUAGUCAUUCAUUUCAAAAUAUUAGUUUAUCAGGUUCUAGAGUUCUAGAAAAAUGUGGACAAACAUUCGCAAAGAGUACACCACUAGAUCUUUACCUUGGAAGAGCUCCUGAUAUUACAUGUUCCUGGUAUCAAUUUGUUUGUAACCAGGGGAAAGUGCCUGUUAUUAGUGGCAGCUCUGUAACAGCAACAAUGCCACUUACUGAAGAUUAUAGUAGAACUAUGCUUCUACUACACUGGCCAAAUUGGCGAAAACUUGAAGAUAUCAAACCAAGUGAAAUAACAUGGUGUCAAAAACUCCAAGAAUUUCUCACAUCUGAUACUUGUCCUAAUUUUCUUAAAGCUGACAUUGAAAAAGCGCAACAAAAAUCAUAUGACAAUAUUCCUUCAGAUGAUACAUCUGAUUCAGAUAAUGAUAUAGAAAUGCCAGAAUGGAUGCAGCUUUUACAGCCCAACAAAAAAAUUCAAUCUCUUGCAGAAUUUGACUUCGAUGACGGAGGUCCUGAAUAUGACUGGAAUAAUCCUGACAGACAAUAUCCUGAUGACUUCGGAAUAAAAUGGUUAGAAAAUAUAGAUUCAGAGGAAAAUACUACCAUUCCUAUCAUAUCGGAGAUCAAACUUCAUUCCCUAAACUACAACCAAAGAUUGGCAUUUUGUAUUGUAAUGAAUACACUGAUACAUUACAAAAAUGGUUCUGCUGUUGAUCCACUUAGAAUAAUUAUUUCUGGUACAGCCGGAUCUGGUAAAUCUUUCCUAAUAAGUUGCCUGGUUGAAGCCAUUCAAAAUCUUUUCCAAAACAACAAGUCAGUCCAAGUACUUUGCCCAACUGGUAAUAGUGCCAAUCUUAUUUCUGGAAAAACUAUACAUGAUUUCUUUAAAAUUCCAACUGGAUUUCAGGCAAAAAGAGAAAUGUCUGCUCCUGAUGGCAAUAAAGGAGACAUUAUUCAAAAAAAUUGCGUUGAUCUUACAGCACUUAUUGUUGAUGAACGAUCACUAGUUGGAGCUACUACAUUAGGAUGGAUGGAAUUUUUAUGUAUACAUGGUGUUGGUGAUACAAAAUCAACAUGGGGUGGGCUCCCAGUAGUUAUUUUCCUAGGUGAUGAUAUUCAAUUACCACCUGUUUGUGAUUCACCAGUCUACAAUGUUUCAACAAAAAGCCCAGCAUCAAUCCAUGGUCAACUAGUAUGGAAAUCAUUCCAAAAUGUAAUUCAAUUAAAUACUAUUGUCCGACAAGAUGAACAUCAAAAACAAUUAAAGGGAGUUCUCAACUCACUUAGGGAAUACAAAUGUUCAGAAGAACAAGUUAAAUGGCUGCAACAAUUUCAGUGGGAUGAUCUAAAAAUUAAGUAUGGCAAUCAUAUCCUUUCUAAUAUGACAGAAUAUGGAUUAUUUGUGUUUCAGCUGAAUAUCAGCACACUAUGA